GGGAUUUGUCAGCUGACCAGCGGUGGCCAAUCACAGAUGAGCUGCUGACGCGGAUCACACUGUAAACAGCUGCUGCCGCCCGGAGCGACUGUCAGAUGCGCGGAGCUCCGGACACACAUCAUGGACCGAGAAAAUACCGGAGGACUUUGGGACUCGUUGAAGAAAGCAGCUUUUGUCAUUGGAUCUGGGCUUUUCUUCUUGAUCGGGUUUAGGAACUCAGUGACAUGGCAUUUGCAGAGGUUUUGGGGAGCAUCUGGAGAUUUCUGGCAAACACAGUGGACCAAACUUCACCAAGCCUUGGGUGGAAAUGAGCCGGCCUUGUUUUUCAUCGGGACCAUGUUGGUGCCAACGCUCUCUUUCUGGUUGCUGAACGCCCUUCUGAUGUUGGUUGACACGACAGGAAAGCCAAACUUCAUCACACGUUACAGGAUUCAGCCUGACAAAAACAAUCCGGUGGACCCGGUGCGGUUACGGCAGGCGGUGAAGAGGGUGCUGUUUAACCAGGUGUGUCUGUCGGGUCCCGUGGUGGUGCUCACCUACAUGGUGAUGAAGUGGCGAGGCGAUCCGUGCGGCCCGGAGCUGCCCACCUUCCACUUGGUGCUGCUGGAGCUGGCCGUCUGCGGCCUGUUGGAGGAGAUACUCUUCUACUACACGCACAGGCUCGUUCACCAUCCGUCGCUCUAUAAGAGCAUCCAUAAGAUCCAUCACGAGUGGACGGCUCCUGUAGGAGUGGUGGCGCUCUACGCUCAUCCGGUGGAGCAUGUGCUGUCCAACAUGCUGCCGGCUGUGGUGGGUCCGGUGCUGCUGGGCUCUCACAUCUCCACCACCAGUCUGUGGUUCACCAUCGCUCUGCUGGUCACUACGGUCUCUCACUGCGGAUACCACCUGCCCUUCCUGCCCUCGCCCGAGUUUCACGACUUCCACCAUCUCAAGUUCAAUCAGUGCUAUGGCGUGCUGGGAGUGCUGGACAGGCUGCACGGGACAGACGACAAGUUUCGUAAUUCUAAAGCAUACGAGCGGCACACGGUCCUGCUGGGUUUGACCCCGCUCAGCGAGAGCAUCCCUGACGACCCCAAGAAAGCUCGAGAUUAACCGCGCCGUCUCUACAUUCACCGAACAGAGUCACAGGGCACAUUAGAUGAACGCACAUCCACACUACACACACUGGCCGUCAUCAGCAGGUCUAACGGAUCUGGAUUCACACACAUUCCUGUAUGUUAUAUCACAGUUUUGAGUUUGAGGUGAUUUUACUGGUGUAUCAGGACUAAGACUCAUUCAGCUCUCACUCAAAUCCUGUUUGAUUCACUUAAAUGAGCUGCUGUCAUGUAAAGAGACCAUUUAUGAGAUUAAUAAUUCCUACCUACAGUCCUUUUUAUCGUUCGUCUUACGUGUCACUUCUCAUAUUGUAUCAGCAUUUCACAUUUAUACAGAUGAUAAAAAUGUUUUUAAUACUUGUAUGUUUUAAUACUGAAAUCUAGGAAUGGUUUUUGGAAAUGAAGAUGUUCUUAAACAUUGUAGUCUUUCUGUCCCUGAUGAUUCAAGACAUCAGUUUCUGGAGUUUAUUAUCAGACCUCACUCAUUAAAGCUGAUCUGCUGUA